AUGCCAAUGAAGGUCAUGACAAGUGUGGUUUCUCACUUUGAGGACAAUUGGUUCAUGAACAUCAUGUAUGCGUUCUCCGGGCUGGGAGCAUUGGUUUUGCCAUUUGUUAUUGGAGCUCUGACUAAAUCAGAUACUCCGUGGAGGCACUACUACUGGUUUCCAUUCUCUAUAACGAUGCUAUCAAUUGCUCUCCACUAUUUAAUCUUCAAAAAUUACACAACCCCGCCUGAUCACAAGGAGGCACCCAAACAAAAGAAUGUGCGGGCAAGGCUUAGAUUAGCCAUUUCAACACAAUUUAGGAUUGGAGCGGCUUUGAUUGUCUUUAGCUAUGCAAUUGUUGACGUUCUGAGUAAUUGGCUGACUUUGUAUCCCAUUGAUGUCAAGGGGACUGCUCCCAACAUCUCUCAAUACCAGUUAUCAGUGUUCUGGGCUGGUUUAACUGCUGGUCGCAUAUUCUUCUCCUUACCAUUCAUACACGUCCGUGAAAGGAUAGGCAAUAACGUCUUACUAGCCUUGAUGGGAGGAGCAGUUGGUCUGCUCUGGGGGCUCAACACCACGGCCUCAAAUUGGGUUUCUAUUGCAGUCGCCGGGUUUUUCCUUGGGCCAAACACACCGGGAAUCUUGUCUAUCAUAUCAACUCAGGUGCCACCAAGUCUCAAGGAAAUUGUUAUCUCCGUCAUAAUUGGAUCAGCGCUAGUAGGAGGAACCCUUGGAUCACUGAUCUUUGGUAUAACCGUAGGAAAGGUCAGCCCAGGUCUACGCUUACUUCCUCUAGUUAUUCUUUGA